AUGGACUAUGAAACUCUGCGUACCAUCUUGAAAGCCCAAACCAAGGCUCAGCAGCAAAUGUUCACUGAGCUGAUGAAGCGUAUGGGAAAGAUGGCCUCUGCUUCAGACCCAGCCGUCCCAACAGCACCCGUCGCCACGGUCGAAUUCGUCACAAAUUCUCUAUCGACACUCGAGCCGCCUGAGUUCGUGUACGAUCCGGAAAAUGGGUGUACAAUCGAGGUCUGGUACAACCGCUACGAGGAUGUAAUCUCAAAGGACGGUGCUACGUUGGACGACGCAGCAAAAGCUCGACUAAUCGUCUCUAAACUCGACGCCGUCACAUAUGCCCGUUUCACGAAACAUAUUCUCCCUAAAAGAGCAUGCGAUGUUCCCUUAACGGACACCGUGGCUGUUCUGAAGGAAUUGUUCGGACAUAAUGUGUCAGUAUUCACGGGACGCUACGCUUUCCUCAAAACACAGCGAAAGGAGGGACGUCUCCGCGACUACACCGGAUUGGUCAAUCAGCGCCAUGUCAUGGCUGAGCUCAAUGACGUCACACCUGAGCAGAUGAAAUGCCUCGUAUGGAUAUGUGGACUUGUCGCCCUGCAAGAUGCCGAUGUUCGCGCUCGUGCCCUUCGCAAGAUGGAGGACAACCCUCAAACUACGCUAAAGGAGCUUGCUGCCGAAGUUCAGCACUUUCUCGACAUUCGUCAGGAUGCCACACUCCUCGAACGAUCAAGUGUACCGCACGUCAACAUCGUGGAUUCGCAAAAGAGUCGAAAUUGUUUUCGGUGCGGAGCCAAUCACUGGUCUAGAGACUGCUCAUUCGUAAACAACAGAUGCCACGACUGCAGACACUCUGGACACAAGCGAGGAUUCUGCAAAAAUUUCCCGGAAAAGAAGAAGCGGAUUGCGAAGCAGAAGCGGAAAUCUGCCAACACCGUCACCAUAGCUUCCACUCGUGCUGACGUCGCUGUAAACCGCAUCUACCGUAGAGUGCAGAUUGAUGGGAAGACAGUACGCAUGCGCCUUGAUACUGGAGCAGGCGUAACAUUGCUGAGCACAGCAGACUGGACCGCUAUGGGUCGACCGAAGCUGCAAUCACCCCAUCUGACGCUGAAGUCUACCAACAACGAACCGAUCAACGUUCGUGGAUGCUACGAAUGCAACUUCAUCAUUGAUGGCCAUCGAAGAUAUGGUACUUGCCAUGUAGCCGACACGCCGUCGCUGUUGGGCUUAGACUGGAUGGCCCAGCACGAGCCACUGUUCUGCCACUUGAGAAAAGGCUCCAUCUGCAACAUCUCUUCAAGGACACUCAGCACCUUGAAUUCUUCUCUCGCAACGCACCUGAGGAAGAAGUUCCCAGCAGUCUUCGCUCCUGGACUAGGAUGUUGUACAAAGUCAAAGGUUGAACUCGCUCUGAAGCCUAAAUCCAAACCUGUCUUCCUGAAGGCUCGCCCGGUGCCCUAUGCUGCUAUUCCAAGGAUUUCAACCGAAAUCGAUCGGCUUGUGUCUAUACAUGUGCUGGAGUUGAUCACUCAGAAUGGGCAGCACCCAUCGUCGUCGUUCAGAAGAAAAAUGGAUCGAUCCGCCUCUGCGCAGACUACUCAACCGGACUGA